AUGUAUACCGUGGGGCCAACCAAUGUUUGCCCCUGGCUCACGGUACCUGGGAACAUUCCGAGUCUUCUAACUGCCGUCCCUGUCAGUCAAGAAUAUCUAAAACCAUCAAAAAUCAUCAUACGGGCUUCUACUUCUAUUGGACACCCAAAGGCGGACGACGCCGGUGCUGCGGGAGGAGCUGGUGGCCCUGGGGGCCCUGGAGUCAGAGGCCUAGGUGGUUUCCACGGUGGCUUCGGCAGUGGGGGCCAAGGUCGUGGUCGGGGCCGUGGGAGAGGCCGGGGCCGCAGCCGUGGGGCCCAAGGAGGAAAGGCCGAAGACAAGGAGUGGGUUCCUGUCACUAAGCUGGGACGGCUGGUCAAGGACAUGAAGAUCAAGUCUCUGGAGGAGAUCUAUCUUUUCUCCCUUCCUAUCAAGGAGUCUGAGAUCAUAGAUUUUUUCCUGGGGCCUUCAUUGAAGGAUGAAGUUCUGAAGAUCAUGCCUGUUCAGAAACAGACUAGAGCUGGACAAUGUACCAGGUUUAAGGCUUUUGUAGCCAUUGGUGACUACAAUGGCCAUGUUGGCCUGGGUGUCAAGUGUUCCAAGGAAGUGGCCACAGCUAUUGGUGGUGCCAUCAUUCUGGUCAAGCUGUCCAUCGUUCCUGUGAGACGUGGCUACUGGGGAAACAAGAUUGGCAAGCCUCACACAGUACCCUGCAAGGUCGCUGGUCGUUGUGGAUCUGUUCUGGUGCGCCUGAUCCCAGCCCCCAGAGGUACUGGCAUUGUCUUAGCUCCUGUGCCUAAAAAACUGUUGAUGUUGGCGGGCUGUACUGCUACUCUGGGCAACUUUGCUAAAGCUAUUUUUGAUGCCAUCUCGAAAACAUAUAGCUACCUAACCCCAGACCUGUGGAAAGAUACUGUUUUCACCAAGUCUCCCUAUCAGGAAUUCACUGACCAUCUUGUGAAGACUCACACUCGAGUAUCUGUCCAGAGGACCCAAGCAGCUGCUGUGGCCACCACAUAAAUGUUUUUUUAUAAACAAUGAAUAAAUUGAACUCUGCCUGCU